UCCAUUUUGGCCGUUGCGAUGAUGUUGAGGUAUGGGAGGAGAGCGCCAAAGCCGAGCAACACGAUUGACUGCGCCGACAAAGCAGAGACUCGUGCCCUGGAUGGUGGCUCUAGUUCCAGAUUGUGUACUUCCGGCUCGGUUCUAGCUCGUGUGCUUUCGGUUCGGUGACGAUUCCAUGCUUAGGAUACGCGUUGUCUGUGCUUCAGUUGCGCUUCGGAGUCUAUGCCUGGCAACAAGAGUAUGUGUUGAUGUCGUUCAUAUUGCUGAGCUUGUUCUCAAGGACGUGCGGGAAUCAGAUCGAGACCAUGAGUGGUCAUGUCGCGCGGCCGUCGCGGUGAUCGUGCUUUGGAGGAGGACCAAUUUCGAGGAAGAUGGACGCCGAGGAAGAUCGAGGCCGAGGGAGAUUGAGGAAAAUAUGGAAACGAUAUUGCGAAGACAUGAAGGACGAGAUGAGGAGAAUCUACUGUUUGCAGUCUGUUCACUUCUCAUCUUUCACCGAGCUUCUCUGCGUAAUCUUGCCAAGCAAAACACACCCGCACGGGCCCUGAGCUCUCUUCAAAGCUUUUCUCCCAGGCGUUUCCUAACACCACAUCCUCACUCUUCUUUUUCCUGGCCCUUGGGCUAGCAUUCUCUCGCCUCUUCUGUCUGGGUCACACCAGAUAUCUUUUUCUCUCGACUCGUUAUACGAGCCGGCCCGGACCUCUUUACUGAGUGUUCCGGUAUAGAACUGCAGGCGCGUGUUACGCA